AUGCACUGGAAGUUUGAUACAUUACUCGAGUCGAGCCGCCUCAAGGACCCAAUGUUUGACUUACCGAGAUGGUACAGGCAACAGGUCGUGCACCAGUUCGCACCCGAACACCAGCAGUGCUUCCUGUCAUCCACUGGUGAGUGCAUGGGGUAUGCGCUCGCAGACGGAGCAGCACGCAUCCUUGAAGACGAGGUUCCCUGGCCACCCUUUGCACCUGGUGGAUCGCCCCGUUACGAAGCAUGGCAGAUCAGCGGGAGCGUGCGCGUCAUUGAUCACUAUCUGGACAUCAGCAUCGACAUCCCGGACGUACUGUUGGAGAAUGUCUGGUUCGACUUACCUAACUUCUAUGCUCGCCAUGCUCGUCGUCGCCUCGUACCUUCAUCCUUCUCGCAGGAGGACCUGGAGGGCGAGCUGGACGUUUUGUUUGCGCCGUGCGACGAGUUGGUAUUGCUUGAGUUGUGUGCGGCCGCAGUCGCCGCUGGUGACGGUGGUGCACUCGCCGCCAUCCAGCGCAAUGCCGCCGCGCCGCGUGAUUUCAAGCGCCUCAUCCCCGAGCCUGCGGUCGUCGUUGUGAAGAUCAAUGGACAGUCCGCGCGGGCGUUACUGGACUCUGGCUCCCUGUCGGACUUCAUGUCAGCGAAAUUUGCGCAUCAGAUUGAUGCGAAGGUCUUUGAGCUCGCAAAGCCCUUGCCCGUGCAUCUGGCUGUUCAAGGUUCGCGCGCGAAGAUCAACUAUGGCUGUAGGGCGGUCAUGGAGUAUCAGCGCACACGUUCCGAUCGGUACUUCGACAUAGUGAACUUACUAAACUAUGACCUGAUCCUUGGCACCCCCUUCCUCUACCAACACCGCAUCUCACUCUCCUUCAACCCCACAGCCGUGUUGGUUGGAAGCGACAAACCCCUCGCGAUCGAAGGCAAACAAGUGCGCGUUCUUGAAUCCCGCGCAGCCGACGUUCGCGAGGGCGUGCUAGAUGCCGCGCGGCAACAACUGCGUGAGUACGCCGCUCCAAUCUGUCAGGAGGCGAGCGACUCACCACUACCGCCUUUGCGCGCUAUCAACCAUCAGAUACCUCUCAAGGACGAGCACAAGAUCUACUCGUGGCGCCCCUCGAAGUGUCCGGAUGCUCAUCGGGCGAGCUGGAUGGAGAAGCGAGAUGCAUAUCUCAAGUCC